AUGAAUUCCGGCGCGAGUCACGGUUACACGUCGAACUCGGGAGGAUAUCAAGCUUCGUGGUCUACCGACUACCGCGGAACGACAGCAUCAACGCCUGCUUACGCUAUGUCGCAGUCGGCAUUCUCGGGCGGAUCAACUUACAACAAACAGAAUUCGUCGUGGUUACAGAACAAUCAGAACACCGGAUACAAUACAGGCAUGAUGCGUCCGAAUCAAUCAAGAAACGAGUAUUUAUAUAGUCCGUCAACCAACUAUGCCCUGCCUGGCACCGGAAACACCCAAUGGCGCUCGUCAAUCUUUUCCGAUUCUUCAUAUCAGCCAAGUCGAAACCUUCAAAGCAUUUGGGCAUCACCAAUGUCAAAUCCUAGACCUUUCUUGCCUAAGCGCCAAUCGCAAGCAAAACCAGUACAGACUACAAAGUCAACACAGGGCAAGUCAGUGCAGAAAUCUACUCCUGCAGCUAUUGAAAAACCAAAGCAACACCAAAAAUCUCCAAAAGCAGCAACUGUGGCGGACAAAAGCAAGCCAGCUGAAACAAAAACUUUUCCAUCUAAAAGCAAAGGCGGUGUUCCAAAGAAGACAUCUCCAAAGAAGGGCGCUCCAAACAAAGAAGGAAACAAGAAAAUGAAUUACGGAGGAGGAUAUGGACGAGGCUACUUUGUUCCCCGCGGAGGCAAGAACAAUUACAGGAGAAAGAGAGACAACAAGCAAGAUGACAUUCCGUUUAACGCGGUUCCCGAAGGUGAGCCAUUUAUCGCCUUUCCGGUUUCUUUCGAGAACAUGCUUUGCUUCCAUGGAUUCUCAAGCAUCUUCACUACGCAGCACAUGUUCCCCGUACUGAUUGACGGCAAGAUUUAUGAGUCGUGUGAUCAUUUCUAUCAAAUUGAGAAGACUCGCCAACUUUGUGGCCAGUCUAGCGAAAAAAUGACUGCAACAGUUAGGGAUGAAGAGGGAAAGCGCCUUGAUGGAAAAGUUGGCUUCCGUUCACACGAAGAAAAGGGAUACAGUGCUUUGGCUAAAGAGAUGCUGCGUUUGGCUGGGGUUUCGAAGGACAAGAUCGAGGAAUGGCGCCAUACUAAAGGAUUAGAAGUUGUUCAGAAGGCUCUUCUUGCUAAAUUAACUCAAUGUCCUGAGCUGCGAGACGCUCUGCGCAAUUCUGGCGAUAAGAUUUUGGUACAUUGUUAUCCUGGUGAUGCUAUUUAUGGGUCAGGCACAAGAAUCAACGGAAUUAAGUCUUGGUGCGAUGAGAUGAAGAAGAAUGAAGCAAAGCUGAUUGUGCCAAUUAGCUUCCCACUUACCGAGGAAACCGUGAAAUAUUGCCCUGUUGUCGGAAAAGGACGUAAUGUGCUUGGUGUCAUUAUGAUGCAGCUUCGCAACUUGGUCCUCACCGAACAAGUGGCUCUUGUCGACAUGUCUCUCGUUUUCGAUGGACUCGUUCAAGCCAAUCCUGCAAUUACUAGCACAGCCAAUCACGCAAAUGACAAUUUGGACGAUGAUGAUACAAUGAACGGUUUCACGAUCGGGGGUGGCCCAAUUCAGUGCUCUUUAGGGUCCCCUGACUUCACACACGGUCUCGUGAAGUCCAAAAAGAAUGCUCUCCAUUCAACGAUGUCUCUUGUUGAUCGUGGUCAUUCUCUACUCGGUACAAGCUGGCACGUGGCUUGCUUUCAA